AUGACAACAAAUAAAAAACAAGCAUCAAAACGAUCUGCAGCACGACGUUCUUCAAUCGAUAUCGAAUAUAUCAAUACUGAUGUUUUACAAACUGAAAUGAAUUGGUUAAAUGAUUAUGAAUUUCUAUCACCAAAUGAAAUAUAUAUGAAUGCUAUAGGCCUCAUAUUUAAUUUAACAACAAAACGUCUUAUUCAUAUAUCAUUUAUGAAUUUUUAUCAACGAAGUUUAAAAUUUACAUGGAUGAAUUUAUUGAAACGUGAACGACAAAAAUUAAAAUCAAAUAUUAAUUCAGUAGAAAAAUGUUUUAUGAUUAAUCGACUUAUUGCUGAAUGUAAAAAGGAUCCUUGUCAAUUUGCUCGACAAACAGGAGAAUUAUAUGAAGAAAUUGAAAUGAGAAUAUCAUGUACAAUAUCAUUACCAAGGACAGUAGAAGAUUUUUAUAGUCAAGUAGAGCUUCGGAUAAAUUUACAAUCUCAAAGACGUUUAUUUCAUAUUAAUCAUGAGGAAGCAAAUCGACCAUUAAGUUUACUUGCUCUACAACAAGCUGCAACGAAAAUUUAUUCUCAUUUUCUCAAUUGUUGUCAACAAAAUCUUAACAAACAAAAUUAUGAUAAUUUAAAAAAACUUUUACAACAUUCUUUUAUUAUUAUUAAACAACCAUCUAUUCCAGAAUGUGUUGCAGCUACGAAAUAUGAUAAAUCGGACAAUACAUAUUCUGCUAAAUUACAUGCACGUAUUAUAUGUUUAUUAGAACCAGAUACAGUCAAAAAUAGUUUACAGUUUUCAAAUGUUGCUGUUACACUUUUUCCGUUCGAUCGUAAGUUGGAUUCAUUUGGAGAAGAACAACAAGCACUUAUAUGGCAUAAAAGACGAAUAAUUGAUCCUGAAAAUGUACUUCGAUCAUUUUUUUAUGUUGAACUUAAAACGAUUGAAUUAAAAAAGUUUGAUCAACCUAAAUCACGACCCGUAUAUAAUGCUAAGAUAUGUCAAUUAGAAUUUCAAAUCAAAAUUCGAAUAAAUGAACUUAAUAUUGACGAAAAUCUUACAUUGACUUCAAAACAAUUCGGUAUCUGUUCACAUGCUCAAUACUAUCCUGAAUAUAUUACUCACAUACUAUUAUAUGAAGUUGAGCAAAUAUCACAAUCUAAUAGUUCUAUAAUUCACCCUAACAUUCUCACACAUUAUAUUCUUCGAUAUUAUACUCGUAUCUCAGGUGUAGAAGCAAAACCUCAUACUACUCAAUAUAUUAUGAAUGUUUUACAAACAGUCUACGGUUGA